GUCGUCUCGUCUCCCCUCGCCUUGGUCCAGAUCCCACGCGUUUUGCUCGUCUUCUUCCGGCGAUUCGGCGUGUUCUUGCUGCGAAUCCGAACAAAAUUUCUGCGCGAUAAUGGCGGAGGAAGGAUACAAGGUUGUUCUGAACGUGUACGACCUGAGCAACGGGCUCGCGCGGCAGCUCUCCACCUCCUUCCUCGGCAAGCCCAUCGAGGCCAUAUGGCAUACGGGCGUGGUGGUGUACGGGAACGAGUACUUCUUCGGCGGCGGGAUCCAGUCGCUGCCGGCGGGGAGGACGCCGUACGGGCGGCCGGUGCGGGUGGUGGAGCUGGGCGAGACGCACAUCCCGCGGGAGGUGUUCGAGGACUACCUCCGCGACAUCUCCCCGCGCUACACGGCGGAGACGUACCGGCUGCUUAGCCACAACUGCAACAACUUCAGCCACGAGGUGGCGCAGUUCCUCGUCGGCGCCGGCAUCCCCGACUACAUCCUCAAACUCCCCGCCGAGGUCAUGUCCAGCCCCAUGGGCCCCCUCAUCAUGCCCAUGAUUCAGAACCUCGAGUCCACGCUCCGGACCAACGCCGCGCCGCAGGCCACGCAGUUCGUCCCCACCCCCGCCUCCGUCUCCGUGCCGCCGCCGCAGCCGCAGCCAAACAAGCCCAGCUCCGCCGCCAAGUCGUCAUCUGACGACGCGAAGCAGCAGAGCGAGGCGGGUGCCGCAGCAUCAGCUGACCCGCUCGGCGGCGCGAGGGGGAAGGUGCAGGAGGAGGUGAUGCGCGAGUUCGCGGCGAUCAUGGCGAGCGGGACGCUGCGGGCGAGCGAGGCGGCGGCGCUGGCGAUGCGCCGGGUCAUGGAGCGCCACGGCAACGCCGCCACCACCAUGCAGCAGAGCUAGACGAACUAGACACACACACACCACCAUACCAUAUGUACUAGCGUUCGAUGCGUGUCGCAAACUCGCAAUUGCUAUGAACGAUUGCGUAACAAAACGGAGAGGACUAAUCGAGUGAUUUCUGUAGCGUAACUCUGAUUGAGUGAUUGUUGUGAACCUGGACUUUUCUGCCUAAAUUCGAUUCUCGUGCUGUUGUCUGACUAAACUCGCCAUCCGAUCCGAAUAUCCGAUGGAUGAUGGAUCGAUAGAUAAUAUGAUCAAAUCACGUUACAUUUGUGCC